UACGGAACGGAUCGUCUACGGACCGCACAUCAGCAGAUGACAACAACAAAACAGACUGAGAGGGUGUUAGCGUAGUUAGCUACCUGAGAUAAACAACUGGUGGUUUUGUCCGUCUGUUAGACCAUCUCGGCUGGACUUUGUCAAAUUAGUCAUUUUACAGCUAUAUGUUUAAUCUGUGCAACCAGCCAUGGUUGCCAGUUAUUCUAGUCUUGUGUAGUCUAGCUAACGUCAGCUAAGUGGCUUGCUAAGCUAGCUCUAUGUAUGCCAAGCUAAAACAGGUUAGCUAGCUAGCUUGGUUGCUAGCUUGUUAGCUAGCCAACUCGCCUAGGAGAGGUGGAGACCAAGAACAGGGAGAUGCGAGCAAAGUGAGGGUGGCCUUGUGUGACUAAAUGAGCAAGAUAGGCAAACGUGAAGAACUGUGGAAGAUCCAACAUGAAGUUGUAUGUGUUCCAGGUCAACAAUGGCAGCACAUUGACAUUUGACACUGAUCUUGCUGUCCAAACUGUACUGGAGCUUAAACAUGCCAUCCAAGCCAAAUAUAAGAUUGCAAUUCAACAUCAAGUCCUUGUUGUCAAUGGAGGGGAAUGUAUGGCUGCAGAGAGACGUGUCUGCAGCUACAGUGCUGGCACUGAAACAAACCCCAUAUUCCUCUUCAACAAAGAGAUGAUCUUGUGUGACCGGGAUCCAACGAUCCCCAAAACCACCUUCUCGAUUGAGAGUGAGAUUCAGGUUAAGGUGGAGGAGUCUCUACUGAUGCCAGCUGUCUUUCACACUGUUGCCUCACGAACACAACUUGCUCUGGAAAUGUUUGAAGUUGCCACGAAACUUUGCUCUUUCUGUGAACGAUUGGUUCAUGAUGAACACCUUCAACACCAAGGCUGGGCUGCCAUUAUGGCUAAUCUGGACGACUGCACUCUGUCUUAUCAGAAGUUGCUUGUGAAAUUUGACACUUCAUACGCAAAUUAUCAACAUGACUUGGAACAAAUUAAAAUAAAACUUACAAAGUUAGGGACAUCGGUUUCUGUAAUGGCGAGGAUACCUCUGCUGGAAUGUUUGACAAGACACAGUUACAGAGAGAGCAUGGAGAAGUCUGGCUCGACCCCAGGAAAGGAUUCAGAUCAGACGGAAGAAGAGAAAUCCACCGACUCUGUGCUCCGUGGUACUGAUACACAGAGGCCCUCCAAAUCAUCGGCACCCUACUCUGCUUCGGGGACAGCCACAUGUGAGCCAACUAGAGACCAGGAAAUGCAUGAAAUGACUGACAGUGGUGGGCUGAGAGCUGCGCUAUUAGAUGAUGAUGAUGAUGGUGAUGACGACGACGACGACGACACGACUGAUGAUGAUGAUGAUGAUUAUUGUCCAGAGCUCACCAACCCGUCCUGCUUCAAUGUCACGCUAUUAGACUGGAUCAACGUGCAAGACCGACCCAAUGAUGUGGAAUCGGUCGUAAGGAAAUGCUUUGACUCGAUCAAUAGGCUUGACCCUCGGAUUAUUCAACCCUUCCUGACAGAUUGUCGUGACACAAUUGGCAAGCUAGAUAAUCAAAACAUGAAAGCCAUCAAGGGGCUUGAGGAUAGGUUGUACGCUCUUGACCAAAUGAUUGCAAGCUGUAAGAAGUUGGUGAAUGAACAGAAAGAACUCGCUCAGGGAUUUUUGGCCAAUCAGAAGCGGGCUGAAAACCUAAAGGAUACAUCUGUUCUGCCUGACUUGUGUCUGAGUCACACCAACCAGCUGAUGAUCAUGCUGAACAACCACAGAAAGCUGCUAGACAUCAAGAAGAAGUGCACCACUGCCAAACAAGAACUUGCAAACAACCUUCAAGUCCGACUCAAAUGGUGCUGCUACGUGAUGCUUCAUGCAGACCAGGACGGGGAGAAGCUUCAGGCUCUACUCAGACUUCUGACGGAGCUCAUAGAAAGAGUGAGGGUGGUGGAGGCCCUCAGUACUGUGCCCCAGAUGUACUGCUUGGCGGUGGUGGAAGUCGUCAGGCGAAAAAUGUUUAUGCGCCACUACAGAGAGUGGGCUUAUGCACUUGUGAAAGAUGGGAAACGCCUGUACGAGGCAGAGAAGUUCAAAAGGGAAUCCUUCGGGAAACUCUUUAGGAAGUCUUUCCUCAGAAAUCGUUUGUUUCGAGGACUCGAUUCAUGGCCCCCGACAUCAUUUUGUACACGAAAGCCCAGAAGGUUUGACGACGAACUUCCAGACAUCUCACUUGAUGACCUGCAGUACUUGAAAUCUUGUUGUCCUUUAGAGGUGCAGCCUUUCCUUAUGGUUCCAACAAUGUGUGAUUUCGAGCCCUUAAAUCGGCACGUAGAGACGCUUCACCAGCUGGUCCAAGCUGCACAGAGCGUGGAUGAGAUGUCUCAAACUAUCACUGACCUGCUCAGUGAACAAAGGAUAUCCUUUAGUCGGAGAUCAUCCGUGUUGACCCCACAGUCGGGAAGCAUGCCAGGGUCCACGACACCGAGAUCCUCCAAAACCCCUUCCUCUCUUAACCUUCAGGGACCCAGCUGCCAGCCCCAUGUUCCCGUCCCAGCUCCUCUGGAGGACUUAUCCCCAGACAGCAUAGAUGCACAAACAUUUGACUUUGAAACCAUUGGCCACCCGAACAUGGAUCCAGUCCUGCAGCAGGGCUCCCUGGACUUGGAUUCUCUAGCAGAGAGCCCUGAAUCUGACUUCAUGUCUGCGGUCAACGAGUUUGUGAUUGAAGAGAACUUGACCUCUCCAAACCCCAUCAGUGACCCUAUCAGUCCUGAAAUGAUGGUGGAGUCGCUGUACUCUUCAGUCAUCAAUGCUAUUGACAACAAGCGUAUGCAGGAUACCACAAUACUAGAGAGGGAGAACUCAAGGAUCACUGUCCUCAAACAAGUAAUUGACAAGUACCGAUCCACUGCAGAGGAGUCCCAUUCAAACUUCAGAAGUGUAAAGGAGGACCUCCAUCACUUGAGAGGCCUGGUUUUAAAGGAACAAAAUGACUUUGGCUUCGUUUUGAAGAAUAUGACCACAGAGGUGCGCAGCAUUGUGGACAACAUCUGCCAGAUCCACAAACUAGAACUGCAGGAGCAGCAUCAGAGUGAGCUUCUCUCCCUUCGGCAAGAGCUUGAGAAGCAGGUUCAGACCCUAACGGAGGAAAACCAAGUAAACCAGAAUAUUGUCAGAGAUGUCCAGCAUGCAAUGCUGGAGCUGGAGGGCUUGAUGGAGCGCAAAGAGAAGGAACUUACUCAGCUCGAGAAUGAGAAAGAGCGAUGGGUUGAAACGCAGAGUAACCAGACAGAUAGGAUCAAAGACCUGGAGCAGAUGAUCAACGAUCAAACCGAAGAGAUCAAGACGCUCUCAGCUUCAAGAGACUCUCUGACCAGCCAGCUUGAGAAUUUGCACUUUGAGAUUGAACGUAGCCAGCAGAAGAUCCGGCAGGAGUUGGAAGUUGUCGAGCAGUCCCACUUAAAGGAGAUGGAGGACAAAAUGAAGCAGGAACACGCAGCAGAACUGGAGACCGUUACCAAGGAUAACCAUGAGGCUCUGAAACAUCUGGCUGCUGAAAAUAGUGCAAAGUUAAGUGAGGCAGCUGAUCACCAUGCCACUGCACUUAAAGAGAAGGACAGCCAAAUUAAAGGCAUGGAGGCUCGUGUUACUGAGCUUGCAGAACUCCGCUGCAAAGUAGAGGUGGAGCUAGCCCUCAAAGAGUCGGAGACAGAAGAGGUGAGGCUCUUAUUUGAGGAGGCCAAGAUGCAGCAGACUGAGGCUGUGAAGUCCCAGGUAGAGGCUCAGACCAAAGUCCUUGGCGAGGAGCUGGCAGAUAUAAAAAAACAGCUUCAUGUAAAAAACGAGGAGUAUGAAGUGGACCUAGCGGAGCUGAGGAGUCUCAUGAGGAUUGAGAAGGACCACUGCAUCUCAGAGCUGGUGGACAGACACGAGGAGGAGACUAUUUGUUUGCACAACGAGCUCUCCUCCCUGCAGCGGCAAGCCCAGGAUGUAGAUAAGAACCAUGCCGAGCACCAACAGAAACUUAGGCAGGACUUGGACCAGCAAACGGCUGCUCUAAGUGAAGAAAAGGAAAAGCAGUUCAGGAGUUUCCAGGAACUGGAGCAAGAGUUGAGGACUGUUAUCAGCAAUUUGCAGGCAGAAAAUGACCUGCUCUCCAAAAAACUAGAGCAGGACAGACCAGCAAUCGAGAAAGAUUUAGAAAAAGAAGAGGCCCCUGAGGUUGCAUCACAAGAUGCCUUAAAAGAGUUGGAGCAGCAGAAGGAGGACAUGGAGAAGAGACUGCUUGACAAAAUAAGACAACUUGAGGAGGAGCUUCAUGAGAGACAAUCCUCAAAAAGUGAUGAGGGGUUGUCGCUGCAUGCUGAGGGGCGUGCAGAUGCCGGAGCACCUCUGUCUCUAGACUCGGCGCUACAAGAGCGGCUGCAGCAGGAGAGGGCCUCCCUGCAGUCCCAGAUGGACAUCCUGGAGAAAAAGAAGAACGAGGAGAUGCAGAACCUCAAGACAUCGCUAAUCGCAGAGCAGCAGACCAAUUUCAACACUGUUCUAACCCGAGAGAAGCUGAAGAAGGAGCAGAUCAUCAAUGAGCUCACGGAGAAGUUGAGGAAAGUUACACAACAGCAGGAGAAGGACAAAGUUCUGAUCGAGACGCUCUCCGAGGACAGAGCUAGUGUCAUGCAGGAGAAGAAACACUUGGAAGAAGAGCUUAACCGCUUGCGCAGCACCGCUCUGGUCUCCUCUUCCUUCUUCACUCCUCACCACUCAGCUCUGGAGAUCCCAGAAGCAGGAGCUGCAGCUCGAGCUCUGCUUGUCGCUGGGGCUUUUUCCUCUGAGCUCAUGGCUGAUACCGGCAGACUGGCCUCUGUGGCAGCCAUUCGAGAUGACGAACAGGUUGAUUCAGCAGUGGAAGCAAGCAUGGUGACAGUCCAUGAUAACAUCCUGAUGUCGGAGGAGAAACAGCGGAUACUCCUACUUGAGAGGACUUUACACAUGAAGGAAGAAGAAAACAAGCGCCUCAGUCAAAGACUGAUGUCUCAAAGCAUGUCGUCUGUGUCGUCACGGCAUUCAGACAAAAUCGCCAUCAGAGAUUUCCAGGUAGGCGAUUUGGUUCUAAUCAUCCUGGAUGAAAGGCACGACAACUACGUGCUGUUCACGGUCGGUCCCACCCUCUACUUCCUCCACUCAGAGUCUCUCACUGCACUGGACCUCAAACCAGCAUCAGGGACUUCAAGACGGCCGUGGGUACUUGGAAAGGUGAUGGAGAAGGAAUAUUGCCAGGCAAAAAAGGCCCAGAACAGGUUCAAGGUUCCUUUAGGAACCAAGUUCUACAGAGUGAAAGCUGUUCCAUGGAACAGAAAAGUAUAAUAGCCAAGUAAUGAGCUAAAAUGUAUAUUUAUAUUGCUUAAUUUUUGAACAGAAACUUCACAUCAUAAUUCAUAACUUGAAAAUCAAAAGACCUUUAAAAAUGGAAAGAAUUCAAGGUAGUCAUCAUGCUAUUUUCAGUUUCAGUUCAAUAUCCCACCUGCUACCACAUUUUUGUUAUUUUUAAACCCAGAUUUGUUAUUGUGGACCAAAUGCUAUUAACCUUAUUAGGGCAUUGCCCUAUACACUGUGGCAUUAUGCCAUUUGACCUGUGUGUAAAAUUGAACAAAAUGUGGAUGUUAAAUAUUAGUUCUCAUUAUCAGCAUUUGUCCUUUUGUGGAAAAUACUGUGUCAUUAUCAACAUAAUUAAAUACAAAUAUACAUUUAUUAUAAAUGUUUAUGGAGGAAUGUUCAUGGCAUGCAUAUUGAUAUAUUUUCUUUGAUUUACUUAUCCAGAUAAAUGUUGUAGUUGGAAAUGUAGUUAAUGCUGUUUGUUACUCACAAAGCAGUGUGGCCCUCUGUCAAUACUGAAAUGUACAUUAUGGCUGACUGAUGGAGACAGUCGUCUUUGCAAUCCUUCAAAUGCACUUUCAAAAACAAAUGCUUUAGUUGAUUUGAAAAGGGAAGUUAAUUGAGCUGUCAGAACUAAGUAAAUAUAUCAGCACAAACUUCUCACUAUCAUAGAAUAUUGAUAUGUAGAAAGGAAUACUUUGUGACUGUGUUUCAUCAUCGGAAGACAUUGUACAUUUCCCAUCAAAUCACACAUGUAACAAUAAAUGACUGUAUUGUAAAAGAUAGAGUUUUGAAACAAUAAAGGAUUGAUCCCAAACAUA